GGGGCCGGCGGUGCCCGGGCCCCGCGCUCCCGGGCGAGGGCGCUGCCGAGCCUCCCGGUGGGGUGGCCCCCGGGCGCUGGAGGCGGAGCCGCGGCGCUGAGGGCCCCGCCCCAGCCCCCGCCCCGGCCCCCGCCCUCUCCCCCCCUCCCCCCCGCCCCGGGCCCGGGAGCCGGCGAGGGCCGAACGGGGGGGGGGCCGCACCCGCUGUCUGCACCAAUCACCUCCCCGCAGCCCCAUAGGAAGGGCACCGGCCAGGGCUCCCGCCGGUCCCUCCUUACCGGGCGGGCCGAGCCUGGGGGCGGGGCUGCGAGGGGAGCGAGGGACGGGCGCUCGGGAAGGGGCAUCUCCUCCACCGAGGGGUGGGCCAGGAGGAGAGGCUGAGCCGGGGGGGGCUGCCCGCCCCGGCGGCCCGCGGCGAGCCCUCCUUGGGUCUCCGCGGCAGCCUCCGUCUGCCCAGGCCGCCCCAGCCCCGCGUCUCGGCCCUGCGAGCAGCCGGCUUGCUUCUCCGGUGCACCGGGAGAAGCACUGCAGAGCCCUUCCCUCGAGCUCCGCACCCGGACAGCCGGGCCUCCAGACCGGCGCUGGCAUCGCUCGAGCGAGCAUUGCGUGAGGGUCCUGCCAGCGCCGUACUUGCAUCCGUGCCAGGAGCGCUGCGGGCCGGUGGCCCCGUGGCUCUUCAGCCAGGGUACGUCCCCUGGUAGGGCGUCAAGUGAGGGAACUUGCUGUCGGGUGGACAGGCUGGGGGGGGUCCCUGCUUGUGGCCGGCUUUCGCUCCUACUACAACUUGCACUGCACAAAACAAGACCGAGCGGAUCGAUGUUGAGAUGUCCUGUCCCCGAUGAGAUGUCACAGCCUCUCCAACACCAGAAUACCCCCUAAGGCGUCCUAGCUGUUCCUGGGCUUGCUGCAGCCUGAAGAUGAUCCAUCUCGCAGCCUGUUGAGCACACGUUGUUCCUUGUGCUUCUCCAUUGGUUUCUCUCUACCAGAUCAGGAUUAAGCUUUACAUCCUUGCUGGCUUCGCUGUGCCUGCUGCCGCUUGUUCACUAUGGAGGUGUCAAAUCUCACCGCUGGCCGAUGACGCCGGCCGUGGCUCUGUUGGAGCACUUCCCUGCCUGCCUCCCCUCCUCCGUGGGAGAUCCCCCGCCUGUCGCAGAACAACUGCAUUAUCCUAUUCCAAAUCCCUCUUCUGCUGUGACGUCUGCAGAACACUUGACUGAGAUUAGUCUGUCAUGUGGAGGCUCUUACCCCCCCGCUGACCUGUGCUUCCCUUUCUGCAGCUGCUUUUGGCUUGUGUCUCUUCCCUGCUUGUGCAGCCGGUGGCGGCCCGGGGCCGGCACUCCCAGGCUCUGGGGUUGUGGUGAAACUGGAGUUCUGGGAGGAACGUCGGACAGGAGUAGUUCCUUGCUCUGUCUGCUCAGGAGCUAACUUUUCCAUCACAGCUUUCUUGCCUGCACACUCCCCUCUCUAACAGUAUCUCUGACACCUUCCACAUUUCCCUGAAAAGGACUUUUUGCUGAAUCCUCAUUAUUUUGAGAGGUAUCAGUGAAGCUAAAGAUUUUGUGACUUCUUGCCAGUGUCCAGCUGCAGAGCUGGCAAGGCCGCCAGCUCAGCAUGAGAGGAUUGGGGUUCGCCCAGGUGUAUCAAAAAGUCCCGCCUGGACUGCUCUUCAGUGCCUGUUUUUAUUUAAAGCAAUAAUUAGUGCUUCUGUCCCAGGCAGACAGCUGUGUAGUGCCCUGAGCACGAUCCCAGCAUUGCCCUCAGGUCACUGUAUACUUGGCCCUGGUGAUGUGUGUUUCCUUCAUGCCGCCCUGCUUGAAUUUCCUGCUUCCUCCUCACUUGGCAGCGAGUGCCCUUGGAUCAACACCAGUUUGCUGUGACAGCAAGUUGCAGACCAUUGUUCAAACAAGAGAGCAGCGAGGAGUGGUAUUGCCUUGCCACAGCGUUCAGCAUCAAUGAAGCACAACUGAAAUAGCCUCCAGCUCUGCUGUCAGGUCUUCAGGAGGGUGCUGCAGCUUUGGCAGGGACUCAGAAUCAAUUUUUAAGUAGAAUCAAUUAGGAAGCUGGAAAAUUGAACAUGAUGCUGGGAUAGAUUUGAGGUCCUCAGGCUGCUUAGUGUUGAGAUGGCUCGAUCGUGCUGUUUUCAGUGCGUGCGCAGGGAGCAGGUUUGAUGAAGGGCUGCUUUACCAAAGGAAAGUGAGAUCUGGUUACCCAAAGCCGGGGCGUGUAGGACUCAAACUGGAAAUGAGCUGCAGAUUUUAACGAUGUAACCAUUGGAACCCUUCAUCUUCGGAUGGGUUGGAUGGGAUUGCCUGAAAUCUUUGUUUAGGUUUGAGGAUAUUUCUGCAAGAGAUGUUUUAGUUUUACUUCAGAGAUAAAUCAGUGACGGGAUUUUCUUGAUGAUGCUUCUAACAUCGGUUAUGCCCAGAAUCUGAUCUGAUGUUUGUGUCAAGGGUUGUUUUUCCAGUAAUUUGGACCUUCCUGAAGCACCCGCUUGCCUAAUGCCAUGAAUAUUGCAGUGAACAAUGUGGAAGAAAAAGCUGUCCAUUCCUGGUCAAGAAUUUCCUCUGCAGGACAGAAAGUGCUGGAGGAAGCCCUACGAGUCUUCAACCCGAUGUCCAAGGACCUUUCGGACACAGAGACCCAGCUGGUGGCCUUCAUUCAGGGCCUGAGGGAGGAGGGCUAUCAGCCCACAGUUCUGAGGAGUAAGGAUGUGUACGGGUACAGCUCGUGCACGGCAGACACACCUAGUCAAACAAAAGAGAGCACCCCGCACAACUGCGCCAACGCCGCCGAGCCCACUAAGACUCCAGCUAGAAACACUGCAGCCAUGGCAAAGGUGUCUGCUUCGCCCACCAGCGUUUCAGUGAACUCUUCGAAAGUGUCCACUCAGCCUGUCUCUAAAGGGGAUUCCACAAAUCUCCUCUUGAGCUCCUUGAAGCAAACAAGAUCCGGCACGUCCAAGGCCGCGGCAGUGGGCUUCCCUACAAGCAUGUAUCCUGACGUGUAUCCAGCCAUGAGACUGUCAGUAGUUCUGGAAGCUCUGGUGCCACUGAAAACUACCGUGCCCUGUUUGGAGUCCAAGUACACACAAGGGCGUCUUGGGAUCUCGCCCUCGGACCUUAAACUCCUCAAGGCUUCGAGUACACCGAGGCAGUUUUCUUCAGGCAAGACCACUAAAAUAACAGAAGGUAAGGGCUACAAGCGUUUGAUAAAGAAAGCACCGGAUUCUGCCACCCUUGCUUUAAAUCUUCUGAAAGGACCAAAGGGUGGAGUGCUGCAGGAGAGCAAUGCUUGCAAAGCCUCGGGAGUCCUCAACGGGAGAGUCACAGGCAGCUCAUCCCAGGGCUGCACCACAGCAGUGCAGUCCAAGACCCUGAAAAUCAAAGAUAAGGAAGCUCUGGUGGGGAAAACAGAGUGGAAGGACAGCAGCACUUACCGUGAGAGCGUUGGGCAGAAGAAGAGAAGAGCUACGGAGUCAAGAGAAGCACCGCAGAGGAAGAAAGCAAAUACCAUUCCUAUCCAAAAUAAAUCUCGACGAGCUCAGAGCACUUUGAACCUACUGAAAUUCCGGGCCAUCAAGGUGGGCAACUCUUCCUCUGACGAUGAAGUGAGGAGGAGAGCACAGAAGAUUCUUAGGGUCAAUCUGUCCCCCGUGAUCCGAAUUCGGCCCUUGUCCCACUCUCACAGCGUCCCCUGAGUUUCUUCACUUUGUCACUUUUUUUGUAAGUAAGUAAAUACGAGCCUGGCACCAGAGCAUGGGGAAGUUUAAGAGCAACUCUGGAUCUCUGGUGCCUGGUGACGGUAUGUCGACUAACCUGCAGACGGAGCAGCCUGCUCUCAUGCUGUUUCUGCCUGUCUACCACCGCUAUGGAGAACUGACUGCAGAAAUACAAAAACCUGUUCGGGAACAUGGGGUGAUGACUCUCGCCCAUGGUGAACCGAGCAGGCUGGAGGGCUCGCUUCCCACGGGCACUCUUCUGAACGUGGCAGGCUGCGCUCUCGUGCAGGGGGAGAACACGGGACUUUCUCAUGACAUUGAUGCACUGUGAUAUUGCUGUUUUUCAAGCUGUACAUUUACUGGUUUUAUUUUGAUCAAAUUUUAUAACUUUAUUAUCUAUAUAUCUAUAUAUCCAUAUAUGUGCAUAUGGCCCAGGAACUGUGGGAAGAUGCUCUUCCUCCAUCCCUCUGGGAUUGGGUUCGAUAGCUUUUGUUCCCCCUCCCCUUCAGCCAGUCUUUUGUUGAAAGGUGCCAGGAUUUCUUUGUGAUUCAGUGUUGUGACAGUCUGUUCUGGGCUCUCUUGAGCAGCUCAGAGGCAGGCAGAGUUAUCGCCACUUGUUUGUCUCCAGAAAUGCCAAGCAAUUUGGAGAAUUACCAGCUGAUAGUUGACUACAGUUUUAAUCAUACUUUUGGUAUUACCUCUGCGUAAGAGUGGGGGAGUGUUACGGGGCUGCUGACGUCUCUAGGUGCCUCCUCCAUUCUAUGGUAGCAGAAGGUCUGAAUGCAUGGUAGGGGUUUGCUUCCAAAGAGCGAUUCCUCCUCAGCACUCAGUGUUGCUCUGCUCUCCUGUACCCCAGCUGCGGACGUAAAGCAUGAACUGUGACUAUUGGAGCUGAAGGGCUGGAGUUGUUAACAGGAAUUGCGUAAAGUGUUCUGUCCACCACGUAACUGCUUUGCUGUUGCUGGAUGUUUCAGGAGCAGGUUCUAGCUGCCAGUAGAGAAGACACAGGCUGUGUUUGAAUGUGUUAGAUACAUCCUGCCAGUCCCAGAGCUCAGUGGGGUAUUUGAGCCUGAAUUAAAGCAGAAGAGCAAAAGAGUUGAGAGGAUAUAUGCCAGCACUUAGAGAGUUUCUUUCUGUCAGUUUGUGAGGGUGAAGCAGUAGGAGGCGAGAUCAGCACUGUGUUGUGAUGGGUGACAGCUUUGCUGUGCCGUCUGGGAUGUUGCGAGAAGGUGUGUGGCAGGUGUGAAAGCUCCCGGAGCGCAGGCUCUGCCCAUCCCCAGGAGGCACUGCGGAACCGCAGACGGCUGCGUUAGCCUUCCUGCGCCGGGAGCAUGCUGUCGGAUGCCAACACAGACUGUGCGCUGGUGGAGGUCGUGUCUGCUCUCCUCAGGGAGGGAUCUGCAAGCUCUCGGAGAAACCGCGCUGGAGCGGUAGGUGCUGCCACUGUCACCUGGGAGGGAUGGUCUCUGAUGAGACGAUCUGCGUUGGGAUACUGCAAAAACAGAAGCUGGCAGUUCGGGGAGAGGAAGCAGCAUUGUGCCUGGCACGGGCCUGGCUCUGUACACCACUGUACGUUCAGAUCUCUGCAGCAGUGGGCCGGUAAUCCACUCAUUCUCUCACCAGCUCAAAAUACCAGUUGUCUGACCUAGUAAUCUCUGUGGACAUUGGCUGAAGGGCUGAGCUCCCCUGGGAAGCCCCAGCUCCUUACAUUUCUGCCCCUCCCUAGCACCUGGCUGGAUUUCAGCGCUUUGUAAAAGGGGUCAGUGCCUGAUCCUCAGCUCAGAGAGGAAAACCAUGCCAGGGAGAGGAGAGAGGAGGUUCAUGAGGGAGUGAGAGUGCAGGGAAGCUGGGUGUCCUGAGGCACAGCUGGGGUUAGCACCCCUCACCCCAGUAGAGCAGGGUGGAGGUUCUCCCUCAGGGGAUGAUUGCAGGCUCUGAAUCACACACUCGAGUUCUGUGUGGUUUUACUACGUGUAUCUGAGUUGCUGUCAGAGAUCAUAACUUGCAGUGUUGGAGACUGACCUGUGAAUGCCGCUGGUUGGCUGCAGAGGAGGAGGAAAUAUUUUCUUCUGCUUCUGUGUUUUAAAAUGCCCUGGCAGAGAGUUCCCUGUCCUGACAUGAUGCUGGAUGAACAGGGACCCUCCAUCACUGUUAACCAGCCAAAAAUUGCUUUGUCCCUUUUGUUCCCACUCCUUCAGACCUUUCUCAUUCCCACGCUCUCAAAUGCCAGGUCUUGAAGUCUUGCACUGGAGUUUCUCUUUUUGGCUGUUUCCCGAGGAGGGCUCUGAACUCCUGCCUGCGGUAUCACUGUCUGACAGGCUGCUCAGCAGCUUCCCCUGUUCCCAGUCCCUUAUAAGGGCAGCGAGAGCUGUCUCUGGAGCCUCUUCAUGCGGCACAGGCAUCCCAGCUGAGUGCCUGGCCUCUGGUGGGAAAAACAACCGUGCAUCAACAAGGCUGAAUUUGGGUUGAGGUUGCUUCUCCUCCAGCCUGAGCAGGAAGCUGAGCACCUGAGGCCAGCUUACCAGGCCACAUCCCUCCUCUUCGUUGUGUUUCUUCCCCCAGCUGCACUGCUGCCUGCCUCCCCACUCUUCUCCAUCACCUCUUGUCUUUCACAGCUUGGGUCUUUGCCAGUCAAGGACUUGGCUUGUACUGUUGCUUAACACAUCCAGCAAAACAUACUGCCUUAGCGCUGCCACGCCUUUCCCGGCACCAAGCUGAAUUCUGCAAAUGCUUCGUGGCAACGCCUCGCCUGGUGUCCUUCCCAGGCUACCAGCAAGAGGUCUUCUGCUCCACAGGAAGAGAUGAGCAUUAGAAACGCUUCUGUGUCACUGAGGCUCCUGCCAGGGAAGUGAGCACCCCAUCACUCUGUGCUCAGGGACUUGCCUGUCAUCAGUCCAGUCUCUGUCAGCUCUUCUGCACAUCUCUAACAGGCUGGAGGGCCCCUGAGCUACUGGGCAGUGCUGGAGCUCGAUUGACUGCCCUCCUGAUGUCUCCUCUUCCCCCUCGCGGGCGAUUUGGGAACUCGGCUGGAAGGAUUGCAGCUUGUUAUUCACAGAGGGGCUUUAUAGCACCUGGUGCUAAUGUGAGCAACUGCUGCCUGUCAUCCAGUGCUGGCAGACAGGGUGCCUGCAGCCUGUUAGUGGUUGGCUCUGCCAUCCUUCAUCUCAUGGCCGGGUGUGGGUGUUCCUGGCGUCUUGGGCCUCUGAUACUGAUGUGCAGGAGGCUGCAGAAGGGGCUGUGCUGUGGACACUGCUGUCUGGUGUUUAGGGAAGACAAAGGGUUUGAUCAAACCAGGCCAGCCUAAAACUUGAUCUAACCAGAGAUCUUCCUUCACAGGUCCCUUCCACCCCAUGUUAUUCUGUGACAGCAGAGUAACGCUUGCCUUCCAAGGGUCUGCGCAGCAGUAACUGGCAAGGCACAUAGAAAUGUGUUGCCUGGAGUGCUGUGGUCUCUGCUGAGCGUGCUGUAUGCAGGUUGUUCAGACCUGUUUCUGUAUUAGUCACUUUGAAUCCAAGUGCCUAACCUGGCUUAUGCUGUUCCUGGGCACCGUGACAGCUGAGAGCUUUGGAGACUCUCUUAGGAAUGCUUUUACCACAUGGAUUUGUGCCACUGUCACUUCUAGAAAUGAUUCAGCCAGCGGUCAAAGGGCUGUUCUUCCAACUGAUUUUGUGGAAAUCAUUUCUCCUUUUAUUCAGCUGCCAAGAACUAGAGUUUAUGCUUCGCCUCCACCAGACAAGGUCCUUGAGCUUCCUGCGUGCUUCAGAUGUCCGUCAGCGAGGUCCGUGGGGAGAGCAGCUUGUCCAGCAGGCAGCUGAAGGGGAAGCUGACAUCAGAUACCAGUUGAAAUCACAUUGUUAAUUGGUAGAAAUGUUUUGAAGCUCAUGUCCACUGUGAUCAGAUUUCACCAUCUGCCGCUGCUUUUGGUUGGAGGAGUUUCUCCUUGGCCUCUUCCCUGCAAGCCAUGUAGCGUGGUGCUGCUGCUUCCAAACUGCCUCCCCCCCCGCAGAGCCAGCUGCCAUAGCGAUCCUUGUACAGAAUUUCUUAAGCACUUUUCUGCAAAAUAAGAAGGGAUUAUUUUGUUACUCCUGUUUUGUAGCCCACUAGUGGUAUUUCAGUGUGAGGAGGAGGUAUGCUCCCUGGAGCGUUGUGAGCACUCACCUAGCUGGAUGCUUCUCAGACCAGGGCAUCACCCGCCCAGCCUGCAGCGCUCAUGCUCACAGAGCCAGGGGGGCAGUGGGCUGAGACCCCUCAUUGCCUGGUGUUUCCUUGCACGGAGUUCAGCCAGUCACCAGCUAAGAGCAUUGCAGGGAAGUUGGGAGCAGAACAGCAUGGGUGGGUGAUGCUGCGCAUCCGGCUCUGCGGCCCUGCUCCGCAGCUGCCCCUGUUCUGCCGUGUGUCCUCUGUGGCCCCCCCUCGUGCACCAGCAGCAUUUCUCCACUGGUGGAGCUGGUGGAAGUCCCUCAGCUCCAGCUGUGGCAGGAGGGGCUGGGGGGGGGUUUGGGCUUGAGCACAGAAUUUUGGCCCUUUCAUUUGUGACUUGUGCUGUGUUCAUGGCCAGACCUUGCCAGCAUGUGGGGGGGUGCAGCCACUCCAGCUGCUCUCCCCCUUGGGUCCAAGUUCCCUGCCCUGUCUGGGAGCUGGGCCUUUGGCCACAGCACAAGGGACGUGUGGGGAUGGAGAGCAGGUUUGCCUCUCAGCUGCAGCUGAACAGUGUGAUGCGAGCUGGGCAGCUUCCUGGGCAGGAGGGCGGGUUUAGGUGGGAGGAUCCUUGUUUCGGCCGUGGUUGGCAGGGUCGGUGCCAAGCUGUGUGGAGCACCUGCCGCUCAAGCAGCUUGGUUGGUUUGUGUGGAAGUCACAGUUUCUGUUUCAGUCUUCAAAAUGGCACUGGCCUGUUUGCUCCCGUGAUCAGAUGGGGUCAGCUUUCCAGGAGCUGAGGUGGUCUGAGGAGAGGACAGCUGUUCUGGGACACCUCGCACCUUCUCAACAGUGCUGCGGACCUUGGCUUUGUGAGCUGGGUGGGCUGGCACCACCUGUGGAGAGGUUGCUCCCAGGCCCUUGCAUUUGGGACUGUGUGCUAGAGUGCACCACUCUCCUCGCAGCCUGUUCCUGCUUGGAGCUGGGUGCCAUUAGGAAGGUGCCAAGUGCCUCGCUGUCUGGUGGAGCAGAGGUCUUGUCCCAGAAGGCAGGGGAGCCAGCCUGCCUCACUAGGUCAGCCCCGAGUAUCAAGUGAACCCUUUCUGUAGGUGUGACACUGCUAGUGCUCACAGCUUGGCCAGCUGCAGCCUCCAAAGCUGUGGUGCUGAGGCCAGCCCCCUCAGUUUGCUUAGGAAGACUGAGGAGGUCUGGUGAAAAAGCAAGAAGCUGGGGUUAGGGGAAACCAAAGACACCAGCAGCGCCUCGCUGGCCAGCUUCUGCUUCUGCUGCAGAAGAUCUGCAAACAGAGGAGCGAGGCCUGUGGUGUACGGGUAGCAGUGCCUCCGCUCUGUCCCUGCCUGGCUGAUGGGGCCUGUCCUGCCCUAUCUGGCAUCACUACGCAGGCACUGGUGCUGCAGGCUCUGGGGCAUAGGCGAGGGGGUGCCCUUUUGGAGCAGGUGUCCCUGAUAACCCUGGGUUUCCAUCCUUCGUUGGUCACACAAACUGGCCCUGCUUGGGUGGCUGUGGGGAAGGUAAGCCGCUCCCCAGUUUGCAGAGCCCCCCCUGCCCCCUGUGUGUGCUGCCUUGUACCCCCUGGACACCCUUGCGGGGGGGGCAGCUCUUCCUCCCGUGAGCAUGCGAAAUACCUUCCCCUGUGGGACAAUUAGGCCUUGCCCCGGGGAGUCCCUUAAAGGCCUUAUUAUCGUCUGGGACUCUCUCCAUGUUGUCUUAAUUAGCCCUUUCUGUUCCUGUUGCUACAGGCAGCCCCUGUGAGAGUCUGGUGAUUCCCACAGAUGCAGUCAGGCACGCAGUGCUGUUGUAAAAGAGAAGGUGCUGCAAAGCUAUGCCCAGAAAUGCCUCCCCUCCUGCCCCUGCUCCACCAUGCUGCCCAGGCCUGGGAUGGGACGAAAUGAGUGUCAGCGUUUGUGGCAGGGAAAGCGUGGUGUGUGACGCCGUUCCCUCCUCCUGGUUCCUGGUGCAACACUCCUGAGGAGUAGCAUUUCCUGAGCAGAGGCACAGCAGGUGCUCUGAGGGACGCGAGGUCUCUGGGUGGGCACUGCCCGGCCCCUCACUCCCGUCUCUGCCAACCAUUGUCUCUAAGAGAGCCGUCUUCACGCCACAGCACGACUGACCUGCUCUGACUGGGACUGGUGCCACCAGCCCAGCCGCAGGCAUCCCCUGGUGUUCAGGGAUCCCGAGCGAUGGCCGAGGAGCAGUGACUGCAGCCCAUGAGAGGGCGAGUAACAAACUUUUGUAUGGUGAAUUUACAACAAAUGACCAUCUUGUUCUUGAGUGAACUUUUUACUGUUUCAUUUGUUUGUGUAGAAUGUUUCUGAAGCUAUAUUAAUAUUUAAUGUUUAAUAUGAGGCUGGGCUGCUCCACACUCAGUGUUGUAUAUUUUGGAAUGGCAUUGUUUAGUGAAAAGACAGUGUUAGUAUUAUUCUGCUCUUUGGAGGGAAUGGGACAAAAAACAGACUGUCUUUUUUCUUAAAUGAAGUGAACAUUUUGUUAUGAAGUCCUAGCAGGUGUCCAGCCCUUCAGUAAAAUGGUGCUCAGAACUGUCAA